CUCAGGUAAGUAAGUACCGUUCGUCCGGCUACGUUGAACACCAGUCACGCCACAACCUUUGCUGUGUCAAGUGUAUGGUAGUAGAGACAAGAGAACUGCUGAAUCUUUCUAGUCGACAACCAGCGCGUCUUCUUCUUCCUCUUCUUCUUCAUUUCACUGGAAUUCAUUCUACGAGAAGACGAUUUUCUACUUCUACAAUAUCGUGCUUUUGGAAUUAAAAAGCGACAGAUUAUAUCACAUCCGUUUUUUGAUAAGAAACAUGCCGAGAAUGAUGUGGCUAUUACUGUCUAGAACGUGGUUCCUAUUUUUUCUGCUAACGGUUGGUCAUUGCGAGACCGAUGACAACGAUCAUGACAUGUCUAACGCCUUUAUCGAAGCUGCCAAGACAUUUCUAACGGAUAAAGAUGCAGUCGGUGGACUAAAGAAUGCAGCAAGUGCUUUCGUACAAUCGGACGUAGGCAAGCAGAUCAGCGGCAGUCUAACGGGAAAUGUCAAAUCCGAGGAUAAUGGAUUAGGACAGAUACUUUUGAAAGUUGGUAACAUGCUAGCCAACGAUGGAAACGAUCCAAACGAUAUAUCCUGGGGUUCUUUGAUAAAUACUUUCUCAUCGAUGACUGGAUUAGCUGAUAAAAAAAGGACCACCAGAAAUGUACCAGAUACCAAAGAAGAACAGGGCCUUAGUUUCGAGAACAUGAUCAAUUUCGGUAGCAUGCUGUUAGGACAACAUGGCAACGGGGAAGCACUCUUAGGUUUCUUACCUAUGAUCAUGAAUACUUUUAACAAUGUCGGUUUACCAGGAGAUUCUACGAAAAAGCACGAUCAUUCCGGACAUUCGUGGUUCCUGCCACCCAUCUUGGAACAUUUUCAUGUUAUGUGGGAUCACUUCAGCAAUUCCGAAUUGGCUCAUGCCAUUUGGAAAAAGAGCGGCUUGUCGGAAUUCGUCGCACAAAUGUCGGACGAAAAUGGUAACAUAGAAUACGAGAAGAUACUUGGAAGUUUCGAGAAUCCUUCAUUGCGUCGACGUUGGAUCAAAUUGUUAACUAAUUUUGUUGCCGAAUGGAUAGCACACGUGUCCGAUCCGGUUACAAGACAACGUUACUUGACGACUGUUCAAUUCGUUGGUAACAGUUUCCUCAAAUCUCAAGGAUAUCCAAGAUCUGUCAUGUUCGAUGCUAACAAACCAACCGAGAGCAUUUCCAGAUUGUUAAACGUUGCUGCAAGGAAACAUUUGAACAUGAAGAUCGAUAGUAGUCAAUAUGUUAGACCAGCGAUAGCUUAUAUUCAAGAACUCGUCAAUUUGGCUUCUGAAAAAGGUUUCAUUAUGUCAAAAAUAAGUGCUAGAGAACUCAGUAACAAGUUGAGUGAUACGAUAAAUAACGAUAUCGUUGAACCCAUUUUAAGAUCUCAUCGUGUGUACAAAUGGGCAAUCAAAGAGCCACAAUGCGCGAGUCAAAUACUUUGUACAUUAAACGAAAAGAACGAAAACAAUGUACCGAUGUUACGUACUACGAUAACGAAGAUCACAAGUUUUCCAACUGCUUGGAUAAUCAGUAAUAAAAUAAAUGUUAACUUUUGGACACUUUACGGAUCUUUGAUGGAACACGAUGGAUGUAUCAACAAAUAUCCAGCCGAUUGCACGUCCUUCCACGAAGAAGAAAUCAGAGUAACUACCGAAAAUAUAGAACACAACGAACUUUGAGAAUAUCGUGAUAAUAACGUGUCUAUAAGAACUUUUUUUUAUUAUUAUUCGGGGAAACUUGGUUGUCCUGAUAUAUCAAAGAGACGUUUUAAAUAAAGAUCGAG